AUGACACGAGGCUGCUGUCUGUGGCGGCAGCAGCAGCUUCGGCUGCUGCUGCCGUUGCUGCUGCUGCUGCAGGGUCUGCAGCAGCAGCACAUCUUUUUACCUGCAAUUGCUUCUGAUGCUGCUGCCGACGCCUCCUCACCCGUUCCAGAGGCAGCAACAAAAACAGAAACAACAGCACCUUCUGCUGCUGCUGCUGCUGCUGCAACUGAUGGGACGCAGCACGCGGCUUUGGUGUCGCCGGUGCCUGCAGCUGCAGCAGAAGCCCUGCAACACUCAUCCGAUGCUGCUGCUGCUGCUGCAGAAGCAGCAGCAGCCGCAGCAGAACUACCUUCCUCAGCUAAGGAAGAGCCCUCAGCUGCAGAAGCUGCUGCUGCAGCAGUCCUUGCUGCAGCAGCAGGGCCAUCAUCGUCUCCCGUGCCAUCUGUAGAGCAGCAGCAGCAACAGCAGCAGCAACAGCAGCAGCAGCAGCAGGAUGUCGCCGCUGCUGCAGAUGCUGCUGAAAGAGCUCAGAAGGCCGCAGCAGCAGCAGCAGCAGCAGCAGAAGCCGCAGAAGCAGCAGCAAGUGCAGCCCAGUCAGCAGGAGCAGCAGCAGGGGAGACAGAAGCAGCAGCAGCAGCAGGGGAGACAGAAGCAGCAGCAGCAGCAGCAGCAGCAGAGACAGGAGAGACGGAAGCAGCAGCAGAAGGAGAGGACCCCCCUUCUUCUUUCUUAUCCCAGGCAUUCUCUUCUUUUUCUGGCGUCGGGGAAGCAGUUACAAACAGAUUGAGAGGCAUUGUGCGUUUUGCUGCUGUUGCUGCUGCAGUGCUGAUGCAGCUAACGCCUCUCCCCACAAUCGCCAGGAUAGCUACGUGCAACAGCACGCUAGGGCUGGCGUCUCUGCCUUUCUUCAGUCUCUUCUUCUCCGCCUGUCUUUGGCUGCUGUACGGCAUACUGAGGGUGGACCCCACAAUUCUGCUUCCUAACGUCUCCGGUGUAAUCGCAGGGGGUUGGUUUGUUUUAACAUUUUGGGCCAACACGACUCGAGGAGAGAAGCAGCGGUUUCUGCUGUCUCUAUAUUUAAAAGCGGGAGCUGUUAUAAUUGCUGCUCUUCUUCUUAUUUGUCUCUUCUGCCCCCUCAGUGCAGCGGAGCUCGUUGUGGGGCUAGUUGCCUCUGCAGUGAACGUGCUGUCGUACGCGUCUCCUUUGGCGUCUCUUCGAGUUGUUAUAAAGGAGAGAAGCACUGCAUGCAUGCCUGUUGAGGUGUCUGCAGGAAAUGUUGUUUGUUCUUUCUUAUGGUUAGCAUACGGCUGGAUCGCUGGGGAUUUGUUUAUUAUGCUUCCUAAUCUUCUAGGGUUAUGUGUGGGCAUAGCGCAGCUGCUGCUGCUGGCCUUUAUACCUCCUCCAUCUCGACAGGGUUUUUUUGCUGUCAGCAGCAGCAGCAGCAGCAGCAGCAGCAGACGCUACUCCCACAAGGGUUGGUUUGAACAUAAGGACGAGGCGAACAGCUGGGGCGACAGCAGCUGCAGCAACGGCUACUGCAGCAGCAACAGCAGCACCACUGCAUGCGCCACUGCAUGCAGCAGCCCCAGCAUCUGUGCCUUAUCUCCUUCCCUCCCCACACAUGAAGAGCUGCUGCGGCACUGCGCUCUGGGACCCGAUCCCGAUCCCCUCGAUGUCUUAGAGACAGACUUCCUGGAGUAG